UGAUACAAUACUGAUUUUGGCGGAAACUCAAUUUUUUUGAAAAUGAUGUUUAUCGCGUUUUGGAACCAAACUCUUCAAAUCUAAACUAGCUGUGAGCACAGCGCAAAUUAUAUUAAAUAUGCGUGUAGAGGUUUAGGCUGUAUAGACACGCAUAAUAAUCAAAAUGGUGUUUAUGAAGGAGCUCAAUAUGGGGUUUUUUCUUUUUCGGACGGACUUGACCUUUUCCGUCAUGGAUGUUGAUUUAAUGCAAGAUACGAUAUGAAAACCCACUGUGAGAAGCUGUGAAAGUUUUUCUGGGUUUCGGUUUCGCCUCAAUCUGUCAGUUUGGAUCAUAAUUCAGAGGGUGAAAUGGCCGAAAUGACUGACUGAAACAAUCUGCAUACAAGCCAACGAAAAUAGCCACUACGUCAAGCAACAUGUUGAUAAGUGUAGCCUACUUUCAUGUGUAAAUAUAGUACUUCUCGAUCAUGUUUUUAUGCAGGUAUAAAUGUGUUUCCUCACUCUCUCUUGCAGAAUCGCGGAAGAAUUGUGAUUGUAAACAGGGCAUUUUAGUAUAAUUAAAAGAAAUUGUCCUGCUGAAUCCAGUUUAUUAGCUAGCUUUUUAUGUGUCCAAAAUACAAAUAUUAAUAUCUUUGCAUAAACAAAAUUACAGCUUGAUUGGAAAUUAUGGUAUAAAAAUGUUGAUAUUUAUUUCACUUUGUUUUCUCCACACAUCACAUAAAAUGUCAAAUUUCAUCUCAAGGUCUUCACUGUGUUGAAAAAUACACUAACUUAAAAAAAAGAAAAAAAAAAAAAAGUGAUUAACUUGAUUUUGAACUUGUUUUCACAGUAGUUUAAAAUAUUUUUUUUGAAAAAAAAAAGACAAAGUUUGGAUUGAGUAUAUACUAAAAUAACAUUUAUGAAAUGCAUUCAACGUUUAGCACACAUAAAUGAGGAAGACACAGAAAAAGUCUUAUGACUGAGGGUCGUGAGAGGCGGAAACUUCCCUAUAAAGUGCUCAUUUUGCUCAUGUUCAACUUUCAGACAACGUUAAUGAAUUUUAUUUAAAGAAAUUUAAUAAUUGAAGGAUUAAAAAAAGAUUUAAGGGAAUAAUAAAGAAAUAAGAACGGUGAAAGAAGUUGUGAAGUCCAUUUAAACUCUUUGCAAGUAAAAUUUUAUUUAAAAAUAUGCACACAUUCACUCUUGUUUGUAUGUCUAAUAUGUCUCAUCACAUUUAGUUACAAAUUUUCAAGUCAAAAUGGAGAAAUUCCAUAAAAAGUUGAGUAGUUUGCAUCACUGUAUGUUAUUGUGGAUCGUUAAACAUAUCCAUCAUAAAACAGAUAUUAAAUGUUUAGCUGCUUAUAUCUUACCACACACACACUCUUUCACUGUAAAACUAUGUUGGCAUUCACACUCGUCUUCAGUGAGCAGGAAGCCCCACCUUCUUUGAUCUGAUUGGCCAUCAUUUUGACAUUGACAAGCGCUGUUGCAUCGCUGAGACAGACCAGCCUAUAAAUGUAACUUUUUAAACAGUCUGUCAUCCUAGUAGAUUAUUUCACAUGUUUCUGUGGUGCACUGGAAAACAAUAAGCAUUUUAUAAGUUUUAAAUUAUUUUAUUCUUAAAGUUAAAGGUUCUUAAAAGGAGUUUUCACCCCCUUUUUUUCUUCUUCGAUGCCAUAAAAGAACCAUUUUUGGAACAUUUCAGUGAUCAGUGUAAAGAACAUUUUAUAAAUCUAAAGUAACCUUUUGUGAAAUGGAAAGAUUCUGUGGAUGUUCAUGGAACCAUAGAUGCCAAUAAAGAACCUUUAUUUUUAAGAGUGUAGGGAAAACAUUCAUUAUAUGCAAAGAGUCAGCAUAACCUCUGCGAUUCGCUCUGGUUCAGUGGAUAUCAGCUUUGUGGCCAAAUCCUGAUAGAUGGUGAUUUUUGUCUUAUUGGUGCUCGGAGUUCUUCUGCAUGUCCACUAACCUUUUGAGAACUGAACACAGGCUCUCUGUGGGAUUAAGAUCCGGGAUUUGCCUGGCCACUGAUCCAAAAUUUCAAUGUAAUGAUCUCCGAGCCACUUAAUUAUCACUCUUGUCUUGUGUGCUCCAUCAUGCUGGAAAAUGCAUGGAUCAUCACCAAAAUGCUCCAACCUAGAUCGUUGGGAGAAGUUGCUCUUGCUGGAAGUUUUGAUACCAUUCUUUGGUGUUUUUGGACACAAUUGAGAGAGGACAUAAAAUGCAACAGGUUUUAGAAAUGUAUUAUAUAUUAAAUGAGAAAUCCCACUCAGUCAAAUAGUUAUGUCAUUCGAAGGUAAAUUAAAUUAGCACAUAAAGUUAAUUUAUGGGCCAAUGACGUGAUGCCUAAAUUUUCUGUCCGAUUGCUUUUUUCAUUUAAAAUUUGGUUUAUAUGCAUAAAAAGACACCAUAUAUAUGUAGUACCUCUCCCGUGCAUGUUCUCACUUUAACUUUUCACAAACAUUAGUUAUUUGUAAUUUUCUGUUAUUUAAAGUGUCAAAAUAUCAUGUGGUGCGACCAUCUGGCCACAAUUUCUGUUUUGGAAAUGUCUGAAAUUACUCUAAAUUUAUUCGAAUUCAUUUCCUGCACUAUUUGGCAUGAUUUCCAACAUGUUUUGUAAUCCUGUACAAAAUUGCAAAGCAUGAUGUCCAUUUUAUGAAAUAUCAUGUGGUGCGACCAUCAAAAAACUACCACUUUGGGACUUUCAUGUUGAAAUCUAUUCAAAGACAGGAAGUUGCAUCAUAUACCAAUUUGCGAAGGAUCCAUGGAAGCAGCAAGCAGGAAGGGCUGCGUCUGUGGAGAUUUGCUGUCUGUUCUUUAACCCUGAGGUGUGUAUGCCAGCGCUCACUGACAGGAACAUGAGUGAAGUGAGAUCGUGAAGCUCAGCGCCUGGGACCGUCUCCGCUCAUCACAUAUUUCUAAAUGUAUGCUGCUAGGAAAACGGCAUCAUGCAGAUUCUGACCAUGAUGAUGAUGAUGAUGAUGAUGUCCUUCUUAUACACAGCUCUUGCUGAUCAAGGUCUGGAUUGUCAUAAUGAUUUUCACAGCUCCUUCACGUGUGUUUGGAACACUUCAGAACUGAACAUCAGACCCGAGACCAGCUGCUCAAUUAGUUUAACGGUUGAUAACGUUGGUGGGAAACCUGUAAUGAAAGUGCAGAUGUCACCUGACCCAACCCAGCCUCACAUUCGCACUGCCACCAUUGAUUUUUAUGAAAAAAAGGUACAGAUAAUAACAACAUGGUCCUAUAUUCAUGGAGAAGUUACUUGUGAAGGGUACCCAAAACCUUUGGUUAAAAUUGAAGAGCAUGAAGCAGAAAACACUGUGGUGAAAGUGGCUCCUCCUCAGAUAGUGGAAGUUCGCGGGCUCAAUGUUUCUUGGAAAAUCAGUUUUACACCUCCACUUGAUCCUGAGUAUGAGGUCCAAUACAGAUCAGCUGCUGAGAGCUGGACGGAUGGGAAGUCAUGGACGACUGACAAAACUCAAGAUGAGCUUUCAGAGGAGCACUUGUUCUUACACCAGCAGUAUGUGAUCAGGGUCAGGGUCAAGCUUCAAGAUCUGCCCAAAGCCAUCUGGAGCGACUGGAGUAAAGAGUACAACUGGAAGUCUGAAGUGGGCCAGAUUCCCCCCACACGACCCACACCAGGUGUCCCUGAGAUUCUGGGGCUGGAUUGGUCUUCGUUUGUCGCUGGACUCACGCUGACAGGAAUCACUCUGGCUGCCGUAUCAAUCUGUGCCGUUCUCAUCCGGUGCAACAGAAGAAAAAAUGUCCAGAAGAAUCGUUCCUUCUAUAUUCCCGAUCCCUCCAAAUUCUUCGGUGAUCUGAAUUCUCAUCAUGGAGGGAAUUUUACGUCUUGGCUGGGUCCGAUUCUAGCGCGUGAGAGCUUCAUCAAAGUGGACACAGAGUUCGUCAGUCCGGUCGAGGUCCUCAAGAAGCAGGACGCCUGCGAUUCCCGCAGCGCACACAGAAACAGCGGUGUCCUGCAGGACCGAUGGGAGGGAACGACCAAAUCCUCCAACUUUUCAAACUCCACCUACUUCCUGUCCCAGAGCUCCAAGGGGCCAAGCAACAUCCUGGAGCCAUGCUCGGCGCACUGCUCCUACGGGCCAGCAGGGGGCGUCAGCGGGCCGGAGACGGUUCUGCAGCACAACGCUGACAUCUCUCGCGGCGCCGAAGAGAAGGGCGGAGCGAGUGAGCUGGAGUUCUCCGUGAAGAUACUAGAGAAGCUCCGCCAGGACACGCAGAGUCCAGAUUCGGGUUUCGCUGGCGGUUCCGAAGACAGCAUGGAGGAGUCGGACCUCCCCAGUCCGCUGGCCUUAAAUCUGCCCCCUCACCUGCCCCGGGACCUGCCUGUGCCUCAUCCCAUCAUGCACCCGCUCUUGGGCUUUGAUCACAAGGCUGGUUUCCUGGGACCAAGCUGCCUGAUUCCUGGACUAAUGGAACUGGACCUUCAGAGCCCCUGCGGGAUGAUUGAGCCCUCUAGUGGCGAUUACAUGCCAGUGAAAAAUGUGCAGAAUUAGACUGUUGUGACUGCUGUGUUCACACACAGAUGAUAUCCGUUUAGAGUGAUAAUGAAUGAUCAGGACUCACUGAGAUUGAGUUGAGGUUUAGUGUAUGAACAGAAACAUACGAUACGAGUGUUUGUUCUGCUAUACUCAACAGAAGAUGUUUCUAGUGGAGUGUCUAAGCUGCUCUUGUCUAUUAUAGAUUCAUAUGGACUACUGCUAUGAUACUUGUACGGUGUUUGUUUUGCACUUUCAUUGUGUGUACAAGAGCAGCAUGAACAUUCUGAUAAACAUCUUUUGUCUUCCAAGUGAACGACAUGAUGGUGAAAAAAACCGACAAGAGAAGUCUUGAUGUUUACUAUGGUUUUCUGUCACUGUUGUUAUGAGUUAGUGAAGGUGACUGACAGUAUUAGAGCUCAAGCCCUGAAGUUGUUAGUUGUUUGUUAGUUUUCUUCUUCUUCUUCUUCUUCUUCUUCCGUUCGAGUCUAUGGCAGGCCAUAGAACCGUAUGGUAAAAAGUUAUGAAAUUUGGCACACAGAUAGAGGACAGUCUGAAAUGUUACCAUAGCAAAUUUGAAGUCUCUUCCUCAAACCCUCUAGCGCCACCAACAGUUCACUCAUGUUUAUGCUCAUACGUUUUUGAUGCCUCCAAGAGCGUUUGUCCAGUUUGCACAAAGUUUGGUAUGUAGCAUCUACUCACACUCGCAGGAAAAAAGUUAAAAGAUUUUUGAUUGGCCAAUCCGUUCUCGUAUAGCGCAUGAACAAAUUUGACGGCGAGCACGCAAAAAUUGAUUUGAUGCAGUAUCUUUGCAAUGAUUUGGUGUAUUUACAAGAAACUUGGUUUAUAUUUUUAUUACAGGCAUGACUUGGGGGUACAUGCACAGUAUUGUCACAGCGCCACCUACUGGUGCAGGCUAUUUUUGCUUGUAACUUUUGAAUGCCUGGUCCUAAAAUCAUGUGGAUGGUCUCCUUAGAUUCCUUGAGGCAUGCCGAGUUGAACGAUAUCAAAGUCCAUUUCAAGGAAACUGUUCACUCGGUGGCCAUAUUUGCAACACAACCGGGCAGCUAUUUCAGGCAUCCAAGACCAAGUCCUAUCUAUUUGAAUGGGGGGAAUCCUGAAAUCUCAAAAACUGCUUGGCGAACUCACAAUUAAAUAACAUUUUUCAAAUCAGCAGUCCCAUAAAUGUUGUUUCUUAUGCUGAAGUAGCAUAAAAAACCUUAUUUUUCAGUUUAGACGAGCCAGUGCGCAUGUGCAGUCCUAAGUGCGAGUCUCAGGUUUCUAUGGGAACCGAAGCUUCUAACGGCAGCUGCAGUGACGCAAUGACUUUAUCAAUCAGCGAUUGGCUCUUUUACUUUGAAGGUGUGACGCAUUUCGUCAUACAUUGCAGUUUCUCCCAUUCAACGCUAAUAUGAACUAUAUCUAUUGCCUUUGACGGUAUCCAAUUUUCUUUGGUCGGCCAUUUUGAAUUUUGUCAUAAAAUGCUGUGUUUUACGAACGCAUGAAUGUAUCAUUACGAAACUCAGUAUGAUUCUUCGAGACUAUGUUCUGAACGCCCCCUAGUGGUCAAGAGAUAUAAUGAAAUUUAUGAAAAUGCUUAUAUGAAAAAUUCAACAUAUUGUCAUUUAACGUACAUCAUUAGAUUUGUUGGCUUAUGCAGAGUCCUACGAUACCAAAUUUGCCAGUUAUUAAAAGAUUUUUGAUAGACCCGACCGUUGUUUUAUACGGUCAACAAAUUGCGAGCACGUCAAAAUGGAUAUAUAUCUUUGCAAAAGUUUUGUUUAUUGUCACGAAACUUGGUGCAUGUCAUCACAGGCAUGACAUGAGGGUGCAUGCAGAGUUUCGUCAUAGCGCCACCUACUGCUCAGAAGUUAUAAACCAUGCUAUUAUGUUAUAAGUACUUUAACUGAUGUAAUUUAAACAGCUUUAUCCUUACCUGACGAUCACAGAUGUCCACAAAUAUUUCCUUUUCUGCCCUACUUCGGCUUGACCCUGUAAUUGCUGCUUGCAGCUAUAUUUGGAUCGGCUUCUGUUUGCUGUUGUGAGAGUCACACCUGAUUUCAAUACGUCUGACACACUGAAUGUGUGAACGCAGCUCUGCGGAUGAAACCAGGUCAAGCUAAAUGUUCAGUUUACAAUGUACAAACCUUUAGCUGUUAAGAAAAUUAUUUUAGUUUCAGAUGAGAGGAUUUAUGUUAUCAUAAUAUAUUAUUUUAAUUUAUAAAAUGUUCAGCAGCAGUGACAUUUAUGCUAAAAUUAGAUGGAAACACAAAACUUGACUUGGAUGGAUUCACAGUCAGUUAUCAUUGUUAUUGUCAUUUUGUUUAUGAUGUUUGCCAUUUCAUCUAAUUUUUAAUUUACAUGUAUAUUUUAAAAAUAAUGCCUGCUGUUUGAAGGAAUGUAAGAGAAGUCGUUUUCAGCGACUUCAGUUUGCUGCUAAUUAAUAUAUUAAAGCAUAUUUGUGCUCUGA